CCACUUCCCUUUCGCUCUCUCUACUCUCUCUCUCACACAGAGUAUCUCUCCUCCACUCGAUAUGGAUACCCUCCUCCUCCACUGCCCAUCCAUGACCAAGCGCCCCUGUUGCUCCUCCCCCUCAAACCCUAGGGUUUCCAAACUCGACCGCAUGGACCGCCUCCUCGAAUCGUUUCUGGAUCUCUCCGAUUCCUCCACUCUCUCUCUGGACCUCUCCUUCGAUCGCCUUCUCGAAUCUAGGGCUUGCGAUUCGGACCAGAACGACAUGAUCGAGCGUGCACUCAGGCUUGGCUCUGUCCUUCUCGAAGCAGGCAAAAGAUCUGCCAGAAAGCGCGCCUCCAUGCAUAACGCCGUCGUUUGGGCCUUAUCUCCUGAUCUCACUAUCAAAGUUUUUUCAAUGCUUGAUACGCAGAGUGUAUGCUAUGCUGCAGCUACAUGUUCUCUUUUCCAGAAGUGUGCCAUGGAUCCUUCUUGUUAUGCCGAUAUAGACUUGAGAACAGUAGUCCCAAAGGUCAAUAAUGUGGUUGUAUCUACCAUGGUUCAACGAGCUGGGAAAUCUCUUCAAUCUCUGAAGCUUGGUAUAGUGCCUGGCCCAACCGCGUCACCUGGAUCAUCUCAACCAUUAGUUUAUACUAUAAGGAACUCUGCAGAUGCAUCAGGAUUUUCAUGGAAUGAUAAGAGAUCUAGACAAGGAAAGGAGUCAUCUAUUCUUACAAGGUCCUGCUUGAAUCCUUUGGGUGGUGAUAAUGGUGCUCCAGGGUUUCUUUUGAGGAGAUUGCACCUUUACAACAUCGAAAGAAUGGAUAACGCAGCACUUUGUGCAGCAUUAUCAUUCUGCCCGUCUCUCCUUGAUUUAGAAAUUGUUGGACUUCAUGUUGAAUUGAGGCAAACAUUGGAGUCAGUGAGCAGGCACUGUCACUUGAUAGAGCGCUUGUUUUUUGAAUCUUCUAAAACAGGUAGAGAUGACAGUCUGAAACUGCCAACCUGUAGUGAUCUAGUGAACAAUUGUCCUCAUAUAACUUCAUUGGCACUCAGAGGAUUUAAGUUGCAUGACUACAAAGCCCGUGUGCUUGUCAAGGGAUUUCGUAAACUGAAAUAUAUGGACUUUUCAACAUCUUACUCAAUAACUGGUGCCUUUCUAAGAAACCUUGGGGGCAGUGCAGGUGGGAAUCUGCUGGAGGUACUGAUUUUGCGGGAUUGUAUGCAUCUCAAAGAAUUGGAAGUUGCUCGCUCUUUGACAGCAGUUAUUGCAGGAGAUUUCAAGCUCCUUAGACAUCUUGACAUAUCCAACAGGGAAGGUCUAGCGUCUGAAGGUGACUGGUACAAUAGAUGUUACAAUUUAAGUAAUAUUCCCGUAAAGCAAUUGUUGGAGGAAAGGCCCGACUUCUGCUUGCUGGCUGAGUUUCCUGCAGAAGGAAGUUUCGUCGAAAUUGAACAAAUGAUUGGCAGUGAUAUAAACAGUGAUAUCAGCUUGCCAUCACCGCUAAGUAGCCACACGUCAGAUGGAUCAUUGUUCAUUUCUUCAUCAGAGAGCAACUAUAGUAGUGAUCAGGGUAGUGGUAACGAGGAUAGCCGAGAUCACAGCUUUGUAGUUUAUGAGGAAAGCUCAGACGAGGUGGAUAUUAUGCCUGGUUAAGAGAAACACCUAGCACCGCAAGAACAAGAAUUUGCAGCCACUAAACGAAUUUGGGACGAGAUGUUUUUGUGGAGGUCACGCUGAAAUAAGAUUGUGGUAUGUUAAGCUUAUGUUCACCUUGACGUGCAAUCUAAUGCAUACCCUUGGAGCAGAAGAUGACCGGAAAACUUCGCAAGUGCAGAGAUAUCGCAGUUUGGUUUUUUAGUCGAGAGCAUGUUUUUCAUUGUACUGCUUGCCUAGAGAGAGAUACAACUGAUGGAGCAGCAAUGGGAGGGGUCCUUUUAUUCACCCUUUCUAGCACCAGCCGUUACCUUGUUUCCAUUCAGUUUCAUUGAAGGCCAUUAUAUUUUUCAGUUCAUUUUUUAUUAUAACUGCAGCUGUAUAACUGUGUAAGUAUCUUUCUGUGGAUUUCUGAAUUUAUUUUAUUUUAUUUCAAAUGGUCGCUUUCACCA